UUUCAGAAAAUGUUUCGUCGUGCAAUUUUAAUAAUUCCCUUGGAUAUCAACGAAGACGACAUCGGAAAUUUGCUGGAAAAUGCGGGAAAUUACGUCGAAGAACAAAUUUUCGUGGAAAUUCAUCGUGACAAUCAAAAUAUCGCCCAUGAACGAGUCCUGUCGAGGCUGAGUUUGUUGACAACAACAAUUUACGGUGAAAGUACACGAAAAUUGCCGGAAAUUGAUUUAAUUGUGAUACACGAAAAAGGAAAUUAUGCCGAAUUUGAAGCUGAUGUCGUUCUUUUUGGCAUGAAAAAUGUCCCACAAAGUCUCCGAACAGCUUUUGCCAAAAUUUGUGAGAAUUUAAUCAACAUUGGCGAAGAAAUCCGGACCAAAAAUUUGACUUUUACCACAGAAAUCACUCAUGACACCGUAGUUUUAGGAGGAACCUUUGACCGUUUGCAUGCGGGACACAAAAUUCUCUUAACUGAAGCCGUUUUGAGGGCACAGCGAAGGGUUGUCGUCGGCGUAACUGACGAAACGAUGAUCCGCAAAGGAAAAAUUUUGCCAGAAAUUGUGUUACCUGUUGCACGAAGAAUAAAAGAUGUCCUGAAAUUCCUAAAUUUCGUCAAAAAUUCCAUAAAAUAUGAGGUUGUGCCGAUUAGUGAUCCAUUUGGACCGACAGCGAGUGAUCCUGACAUGGAUAUGAUCGUUGUCAGUGAAGAAACCUACCGUGGAGGCCAAAAAGUCAAUGAAUUACGUGCAGAAAAGGGUCUCCGACAACUCCAGAUACACAAAAUCCCCCUUGUUGAUCACUCAAAAGAAGCUGUGACCGGUACGGAGCUCAAUGUCAACGAGGCGAAAGUGAGUUCGAGUCGUGGGCGAUACGAUUUGCUCGGAAAAUUCAUCAAAUCGAAGCGAAAAAUCACUGAAAAUUGUUUCAAAGGCAUUUAUUUGGUAGGAAUUGUCGGAAAUAACGAACUAUGUGAAGCUUUGAGAAAUAGAAAUCAAGUCGUCAUAGAGAGUGAUUCCAUAAAAAUGCUUCAAAAAUCCUCUGGAAGACUUUUUGUCUCAAUUGGGAAUCAAAUGGAUCAUGAAAUUAUUGAAAAAUGUCACGAAAUUUGGUGCUGCUUGUCGUCGGAGAGCUUUUUAACGGAAAAAAUGUCGGAAAUUGCGGAUAUUUUGUUCACAACUUCUGUUUCGCUUGAUAGUCAACUUGACAAGACGUGGAAAAGUCUGUUGGAAAGAAGUUGUUAACGUAUUUUUAUAAAAAAAAAAUCAAAAUAUGGGAAAAGGGAGCAAUAUAUCACAAAUUAAUUUUUAAAUAACGGAUUUAUUUUUAAUUUUCAUUCAAAUUUGGUCGAUUUUUAAAAAAUUGGAAAAAAUUUACGGUAUUUUUAUUAAAUUUUAGGCUUAAGAACCAUAAAAUUUUUUUCUUAAAAAAAAAAAUUUUCUAAAAAAAAAUUUUUUUUCAGCUACUUAGGCUGUUCCAAAUUUGUUUUUGUCCUAAAAGAUUUUUUUUUUCAAAAUGGAGGGAGAUUUUUUUGCAAAAUAAAUAAAUACUUUUUCAU